AUGAGCUCACCAUCCAAUUCCCAGGUCCAGAUGGUGCUAGACUUUCUUGUCGCCCUCUUUGAUGCGUUUGAACAACAUCGACAAGAGCUGCGCCAGCUUGCGGUUGAGAUGACAGCUAGGGCCAUGAAUGAAGAUCGUCAAGAACAAAAUCGGCUCAUGCAGUCCAUUUUCGGCACCACUCAGCCUCUGGUUCCACUGGUUGAUGUCAGAACCGGAGAAGACAUUGAAUCAUUCCCAACUACCGUGGAGGAAAUUUCUUCGCUUGAUGGCAAUCAAUCACGAAGAAUCCUUGAUGCAAACGACCGUGAUACCAAAUACCCCCUCGAUCUCGCUGCCAAGGCGCCAUGCUAUGAGGAAGAUAACGAGAAGGCGUAUCGCAUGGUUCAAUCACUUCUACGCCAUGGUGCAGAUCCAUAUGCCAUUUUUGCAGAUCAAUUGGAAGAGCCCCUAGAUCCGGAAUCGGAAGUACGCCUCUUGUUUCCCGGACAAGAGAUUAGCCAGCCGCAAGAUCUAAUGGCAGUGGUCCAUCACCGUGUGCAAAGAGAUGAAAAGAUGCUCAACGAGGACAUUGAUAGAGAUAUACCGCGGAAAGCUUUUCUUGAGUCUCCUGAAUUCAUGAACAACUUAAAGCUCGAACACCGUAACCCUCAAGGCCGCACGCCUUUCCUAUCAGCCCGUCGCAGCGCGAGGGGGGCAGAUGCCUUGCUUGACAAGCCACAACGCUGGCAUGACGGCGAGGAUUCAAAACUGGACCGCAUGGGCAAGCAUCUCGUCACGUUUCCACCCAACAUCUACUCAGAGACAUCUCUAGAGGAGGCUCUACCUCGAACGGCAAUCCAGGCGUUGCUGAAGCUGGGCGCGGAUCCGUUGGUCACGGAUAACCAAGGCAAACACGCCUUGCAUCAGGUGCUAGAUGCUCCUUCAUGGGGUUUCCAGGAAUCGCCCCCCGAUCACAAUGGAUUGACUGCGAUCCACUCAUCCAUAAGGCGCAUGUGGUCGCAUGCGAACUAUCCAUAUGAAGGGUUUUACCCUCUCGAGGAGCUUUUCGGCAAGUUUGACGACCUCGGCGUUGACUGGAUGGUCCCGCGACAAGUUUGGGAGGACGCUGCUGCACGGCGUCGCCCGGACCGAAACUUGGGGGCGGUAGAGCACUUUGGAGGUGCAAGUAUUUGA